AGGUCUCGGGCGCCCAGGCGGAGCGGCGGGCGCCGGACCCCCAGGCAGAGCGACAGGUCUCGGGCCCCCAGGCGGAGAGGCGGGCGCCGGACCCCCAGGCGGAGUGACAGGCACAACAGUGGGCUCCGAGUCAACUGGCAUGACCGCGGGCACUGGGUCAGACAUUGGAUCGUCUGGCUGGACAGCGGGCAUCGGGUCACCAGGCAUGAGGUCAUUUGGCUCGCCAGCGGGCACCGCGUCAUCUGGCAAGGCAGUGGGCACCGAGUCACCAGGCACGACAGUGGGUUCCGAGUCAACUGGCAUGACCACGGGCACUGGGUCAGACAUUGGAUCGUCUGGCUCGACAGCGGGCAUCGGGUCACCAGGCAUCAGGUCAUUUGGCUC